AUGGUCGAACACCACCCUGCGACGACGCCGUCGCCUCAGCCUGAUAUGGCGAGAAACCGGCUUCCAACGUUGUUCGAGGUCCUGAGUCGCCGAACGCUGCCGUCUGUUGACCUGUUCUCAUUUUACAUUUACAUGCGAGAUCAGCAGAGAUCGGUGGACUACCUAGACUUUUGGCUGGAUGUUGCUCAGCACAUGUCGCUGUGUAGGCACUACGUACGUGAGCUGAGACGCUCCGUCCUCGUGGCGACGCCGGACAUGGAGAAGACAAACUCCAAGAGGUCGUCGCAAAUCCUGGAGAGCAUUGGCGAUUUGGAACCACGCCCGGCGGGACCUUCGAUGUACGCGACCGAAAAGGAAAGAGACCAGGACGCCCAGAUGUCGGCUUUCCUUCGCGAGGACCAGGCUCAUCAUGACUCUCCUCACAACGGGGUAGGCAUGGCCCGCCCUAGUCCUCAGUUCGGCACCCCGCGCGAUGUCACCGAUUCAAACUCGCCCAGUCACACUGUCGCGCGGCAAGACAUCAGAGCAUCUGCUGAGAAGAUUCUCUACACGUUCCUGCUCCCCGGGGCUGAACGAGAAAUCGUGCUGCCCGGUUCAAUCACCCAGGACGUCACCACCGCCAUUGAGGAAUACGGUCGUGAUGAUCCAGAGGUGUUUGACGUCGCCAAAGACUAUGUGUUUCAGGCCAUGGAGCGGGACGCCUUUCCUGGAUUCUUGAGGAUGAAGGCGCUUGGUAAUCUGAUCCCCCCGACUCUGGUGAUGCGUCUCAUCAUUGGCCUCGUGUCCAUGUUUGGCGCCUUCUGGACCGCCUUUAUCCUCAUUUUUCUCGACGAGGACCGCCAGACCAGAUGCUGGCUCAUCCUGCCAUUUACUGUCGGCAUUUAUCUGCUUUCUUCCUAUCAGUACUCGCUAGACCCCAUCAUGGCCCUCAUCGGCUUCAGCGAAUACACGCCCUUCAAUUUCUCGCGCAUUCGCGAGCCAUAUGUCCGCCAACUCCUUGCCAAACGAGCGAUGAUGGUCUUGGCUGUCACCAUUCUCAUCGACGCCGCUCUUUGUGUUCUCUUUAUCCUUGUACCAGGCAAAAGACUGUGA